CUAUAAGGUGUCAGGACGUGGCGGUCUAUUUCUCCAUGGUGGAGUGGGAGUAUGUAGAAGGACACAAGGAUCAGUACAAGGAUCAGGUCAUGAUGGAGGAUCAGCAGCCCCUCACAUCACCAGUCAGAUCCAGUAAGAGAACAGCACCAGAGAGGUGUCCCCGUCCUCUUCUUCCACAGGAUGAUCAGGGAGAAGAUCGGAAGAAUAUUAAUGCUCUAGAGGCAUAUGUGAGCGGUGAUGAGCAGUAUAAGGAGGACAUUCUUACAGAGAAAGAUCUGAUCUAUAAUAAUGCUACAGACAUAAAGGAAGAAGAUGAGACAGAUGUGAGCGGUGAUGAGCAGUAUAAGGAAAAUAUUCCUAAAGAGAAAGAUCUGAUCCACAUUAAUGCUACAGAGAUAAAAGAAGAAGAGACAGAUGUGGGUGGUGAUGAGCAGUAUAAGGAGGACAUUUCCACAGAGAAAGAUCUGAUCUAUAUUAAUGCUCCAGACAUAAAGAAAGAAAAGACAAAUGUGAGUGGUGAUGAGCAGUAUAAGGAGGACAUUCCUACAGGGAAAAAUCUGAUCUAUAUUAAUGCUACAGAUAUAAAGGAAGAAGAAGCAGAGACAGAUGUGAGCGGUGAUGAGCAGUAUAAGGAGGACAUUCCUACAAGGAAAGAUCUGAUCUAUAUUAACGCUCCAGACAUAAUAGUAAAAGUAGAAGAAGAGACAGAUAAAACAUAUUCAUGCUCAGAAUGUGGGAAAUAUUUUACAUUUAAAUCAGUUCUUGUACAUCAAAGAACUCAGACAGGAGAGAAGCCAUUUUCAUGUUCAGAAUGUGGGAAAUGUUUUGCUCAGAAAUCAAUUCUUGUUCAACAUCAAAGAACUCACACAGGGGAGAAGCCAUUUUCAUGUUCAGAAUGUGGGAAAUGUUUUACUCAGCAAUCAAGUCUUGUUUAUCAUGAACGAAUUCACACAGGAAAGAAGCCAUUUUCAUGUGUAGAAUGUGAGAAAUGUUUUACUAAGAAAUCAUAUCUUGUUGUUCAUCAAAGAACUCACACAGGAGAGAAGCCAUUUUCAUGUUCAGAAUGUAAAAAAUGUUUUAAUCGGAAAUCACAUCUUGUUCAACAUCAAAGAACUCACACAGGGGAAAAAACAUUUUCAUGUUCAGAAUGUGGAAAAUGUUGUACUAAGAAAUCAGAUCUUAUAACACAUCAAAGAACUCACACAGGGGAGAAGCCAUUUUCAUGUUCAGAAUGUGGGAAAUGUUUUACUCAGCAAUCAAGUCUUGUUAAUCAUGAACGAAUUCACACAGGAGAGAAGCCAUAUUCAUGUGUAGAAUGUGAGAAAUGUUUUACUAAGAAAUCAUAUCUUGUUGUACAUCAUAGAACUCACACAGGAGAAAAACCAUUUUCCUGUUCAGAAUGUGGAAAAUGUUUUGCUCAGAAAUCAGAUAUGGUUAAACAUCAAAGAACUCACACAGGGGUGAAGCCCUUUUCAUGUGCAGAAUGUGCGAAAUGUUUUACUGAUCAAACAAGUCUUAUUCAACAUCAAAGAAAUCACACAGGAGAGAAGCCAUUUUCAUGUGUAGAAUGUGAGAAAUGUUUUAUUUGUAUUUCAAAUCUUCGUAAACAUCAGAAAACUCACACAGGGGAGAAGCCAUUUUCAUGUUCAUAAUGUGGGAAAUGUUUUAUUUGUAUUUCAAAUCUUCUUAAACAUCAGAAAACACACACAGGGGAGAAGCCAUAUUCAUAAUGUGGGAAAUGUUUUAUUUAGAAAUCAACACCUAUUAGACAUUUAAGAAUUCACAGAGGGGAGAAGCCAAUUGAGAGCAAUAAAUGAUGCAGAUAACACAUCUAUAUAUUAUCCAUGUACAUAGGAUAUCUGACAUUUAUACAUAUAUCAUAUACUGCAUCUCCAAACUUGU